UUGCGGCCGUGGCGCUCCCGCCCCGCUGGGGCCGCGGCCUGAGGCGGAGUGGCCGCGGGUCCUGGGGCGGGGGUGCCGUACUCGGCCCCAGGGGCUUCCCUGGGGCUGCUGAGAUCCAGGGACUGCCCGCGGAGGUUCAUCCCGGGCUGCCUCAGGCCAGUGCAGCGGUUGCCCCACGGUGCGGCGGGUGGAGGAUGCUCAGGCUGGUGCCGGUUUGCCGCGCACGAUGGUGCUGGUUUGUCGCUCCUGUUGCCAGCUAUAGGCGCCCUUAGGGACAGCAGAGUACAAAACUGGGGCAAACAACUGAAGAUGUCAUCCUGUUUGGCUCAGGAGGUUCACCUUGCUAGGAGACAUGAAGAGAUACUGUCUCAGAGAUCAGAGCUGCUACAGCAGAUGGAGACUUAUCUAAGAGACAAAAAGACUAAAAAGACAUGGCAAACUCAAGCAGCUGAUGCAGCUCAUAAAAGGAAUGCAGCACUUUUAAAUGAUAUAGAAGCAGCAGAAAAGAGGCUGCAAGAAAGAAUGUAUUUACUUCCACAUCCUGAUACUGUUAAGUUAGAAACUCUCUAUUGGGCAUCAAUAAAAGAAUCUCUUCCCAAAUGGGAAGAGUUUCUUUUAGGAAGAGCAGAAGUUCCUAUUGGCUUUAAGAAAAUGAAAGCUACAAAGCAGAGCAUAAACUACCCUGAAGAAGAUUCACAAAAAUAAACAUUUUAGUUUCAUUUUGUUUUGUAAUUUAUCACUUAAGCAGAGAAGAUCAUCCAGAUAUCAACAGAAUACCAUGCCAUUAAACUGAAAUGUGAAUAAUUUAAAUUAAAAUUAAUUAUAUAGGAUUAUUUAAUUCCAUUGUUGCACUGUGUACAAGUCCUUAUUUUUAUUCUGUACUAGAGAAGCAAUCCUCAAAUGGUCUUUUAGGAUCAAGAAUGAGAAACAUUUGUGUAUAGAUUUCCACCAAGGCAAUUGGGUUUUCAGUGUGAGAAGAGUUUUAUGUUAUUUUUAAUCCUCUGCUUCUACAUAUAAGUGCGAUAAGUAAAGACAGAUUCUUGCAUUAUCUUUCUUCACUUCAGUCAUCUGUGCUGCAUGCCUGCUCGUGGAUGAGGCAGAAAAGAAGAAUUUACUGUUAGCAGAAAAGGCAGACUGUGCAUCAGAGUAGCCUUGGUUUAGCACCAGGAACCUGUGCAGGAACCUUCACAAGAGCAGUUGCAGAAGGAACAAACUUGAAUUUCUGCAUCUGGUUUUCCCUGUUUUUUGUCAUUGCCACUUUCAUCACUCGUACACCUCACUCCAGGCAGCUUUUCCCAGCCUCCUUCUGCCUACAUUGUAUUUGUUGUCUAAUGGGUGGGCAAACGAAUCUCUAGGGCUUUUUGCUCCUUCUAGGCUGCUCUUAAUUCUAUUUUCUUUCUGCUGAUAUAAUCUACAAGUAAGAACUUUCUGAGGCAUGGAAAGUUUUGAAGAAGCAAACUGAAAGGUAACCGGACAGUGACUUUCCACAAAGCCUGGGAAAGCUGUUCAAUGACUGAAAAUGAGAAUAUUAUGUCUUCAGCUUCUGGGAAGCUGUUCAAUGACUGAAAAUUAAAAUAUUACGUCUUCAACUUCUAGAAGUUGAAGAUUACAUCUUCUAGAAGUUGAAGACGUAAUAUUUUCAUUUUCAGUCAUUGAAUAGCUUCCGAGGUUCCUCCUAUAGAGGUGCAGUAUCAGUGAGUUUUAAUUGUACUGAGCUAACUUGGCAUGAAAAAUUCACUGGUACAGAACUUCUAGAAGUGUCAGUUCAGUGGAAGAUCCUUUCUGGUGUGUGACAUGGCCUGCAAAAAAAUUCUUUCCUAAGCAAAAGAAGCCGAUAAAAUAUUAAUUUCUUUUAUUGUUAAGAACUUGGACAGGUUAACAGUCAGUAUACUGUUAAAAUUUAAUCUCUUGCAACAACGUCAUUCCACCCCCAACCUGGAAGUAGUAGGAAAAAAAAAGUACCUCUGCAAGUGUCUGAGGAUAUGAAAAUGUAAUGAUUGCAAAUAUUACUAAUCUGCUAGUUAUCUGACCUAUGCAUCUUCAUACUACAUAGAGACCCCACCAUUCAAAAAACAUUAUAUCCCUAUGCAGCAUGAAGAAUCACUGACACAAUAAAAUCAAAACUUCAGGUGCAAUAUUAAAUUGUGUAUUUUCCACAGGAAUAUUAGGAGUUCAUUUUAAACUUUUUCUAUUGAAGUGUCCAUUAAACUGAUAACUUUUUACAGAAACUGCCAUCUUAGAAUUAUCCUGUUGAGUGGGUGUUGGUGUUUGUAACAAUAACGUUGUUUUCAUAAUAUGUGAUGGCAGAUUAGCACGCUUCUCUGCAGUGUUGUUAACAGUUGUAAUUAAGGAAUAAACAGUAAAGGGUGUCAGUCCGAUGACAAUUUCAUCUAUAGUGUCACAAUACAAAAUGUCACAAAAUAUUAGAACUGUUAUAUAACUACAAAAAUAUCAAAUUAGGCUUUCAUCUUACAAGCUGAGAGCUUAAAAAAAACUUGGCAUAGAGACCAUUGCAAUUUUAUACCUACUCAGUGUUCUGUCACAAAGACAACUUGGUAAUAUUUUCUUCUGUAAACUCACAAUGUGAUUCUCAAUCUGAUUUAGUGGGAAUGUGUAUGGAUCUUACAGUUGUAUAGCUCACGUUUAAAAAGCAAAUAAUUGGAACCAUUUGAGCACACAAGAAUGGAAAACCUAUUAUAGAUGAUACUCAGAAUGAAGGGAUGAAUGAACAAUUACUAACAAAGAAUGGGACUCAUCCUGUUCAUUGCAUCCAAAGGGAAAACACUUCAACAAAAAUCUGGGCCCCUAAGUACUUUAUACAUGGAAUAAUCUGAGUCUUUAUCUCUUCUGACUCUGCCUAACCACUGGGACACAAUGCAGGUUCUCACUCUCCUUGCACUGGUGCUUUCCCCUGAAAGGAGAUCUGGUGUGUGGACAUGGAGUGCAUGGCAGCUCCAUGGGUGAGAGUUUGGCAGUGUGCAUGAAAGGCACCUGCAAGCAGGGUUAGAGUGCUUACCCUGCUGCAGUUAGGUGCUCACAUAGCAUGCCUGAGAGUAAAAUGAAAUUAUCUUCAAAGAAGGAAUUUAAUUUUAUUUCCUGCAGCAUAACUUUAGAAACAAUAGGGCAACUAGUUCAAGGAAAACUAUGUAGGAACAUGUCCAGGAAAAUAACAACUGAAUGAAGAGAACCAUUUAAAGCAGGAAUAUGUGUAGGUAACUGUUCUCAGAGACAAUGGCCUUCAUGUUGGCCUGUGGUUUGAAACAAAUAAAUGCAAUAGCCUAUGACUGUGAAAUAGCACAGUAAUACGGGCAGGGGCAAGUGUCUGCUGAGUUGGGCCAUGCAGUGGCAAGGGACCACAAUUAUAUGGGAUCUCCUGCUCUACUUAGAUUUGUUGAGUUUAAUUUGCCAUGGCUGGGCUAGCUUGAUACUUGCCUUUUUAUAGAUACAGAUUUGAGAAAGCAAAUGUAAAAUUUUGGUGUGCUUUAAAAAAAUUUAAGAAUCCCCCUUAGUGAUUUGUACUGGUAUGCCUAUGAGAUCUUGAAUGGGUAUUCUUCACCAAGUCAAGGCUGUCACUUCAAACAUAUUGAUUCUAUGUAGUUAUACCCUAUCUUAUCCCAAGCAUUUAUAUAUAUAAAAGAAAAUAUAAAAUACAGGAAUUACAUCAUAUAUAUCUUUUGUAAUAUCCUACUCAUCGUGAGUAAAUUUUUUUCUCAAAAAAAAAAAAAACAAAAGAACAAACUCACCACAUCCCCCCAAAAGAACAGAAAAACCAAAGACAAACAAAAAAAAAAAGCCAAAAAAAAAGCACACUCCCCCCGCCCCAAACUUGUUACUCUAUAGUCUUGACUUGCUGCCUGCCCUUUUGUGUUACAAUAAAUGUAUACAUAAGGUGCAGUGGUCCUCAGGGCCUGUUGCUUCCUGUGCUUUUCUGUUAGGUGGGGGACAGCAACUCAGUAAAGGGCAGUGAGAAAACCCAAAGGUCUUCUUGUUUGUAAGUUAAUCUUUUAGUAUCUUGCAAGAAGAAAUAAUUAAUCAUACUUUUCUAGGUUAAUGCACAGAUGAGUAACCCCAAUACUAACCCAGGAGAACAGCCUGUUUACCCAUCUUGUCACCUCUACCAUCACAUUCCCAAGCUUUUUACUUUCUCAGUUAUUCUGGCUGUGGGGGCAGGAGCAGAAGGCAAGGCAUGUUACUUUUCCCUAACAUAGGAAAUUUCUUACUCUGCAGAAUCUUCCACAAGCCUAUUAAUUUAAUUUGAGAGUAUAUUGAAAUAGUAAGUUGGUUUAGAUGCAUAUCUGACACUAUGGUAUCCUCUUGAUUGUGUUUAUUCAGGGUCAUGUUUUUAUAGAAGUUGGGAGCUGAUUUUUAGGCUGAGCUUAUAGUUCUUAAUUUCUGUCUUUUUCAUUCCCAUAGAGCAGGUUGGGGAUGUAGUUGCUCAGUUUGAGCUUGUUGGUACUGAAAAAUAAGAAAACCAAAUUUAAAAGGGAAUGUACUUUUAGAGGUUAUAUCUGAAAGAAAACAUUAUUUACUCCAUAAUGGUAAUUUUCAUAAUAUUUUAAUACUUGUGUUCAGAUACAACUUGACCUUAAAUAUCACCCCAAAUGCAAGCUGUUUUAACAUAUUUGUAAUGCUAAGGUCUUCAUUACUGUGAUAUUCUGUUUGCUCAAGGAUUAUAAUCCAUGGAUAUACUGUGUUAUAGUUGAAAUAAAGCUUUGAUCAGUGUUGCAUUCCAUGUAUGAGUUGGAUGUAACUUGGUGCCUGCUGCAGCCAAGUGUGAGCAACGAGUAGGCCAGUGAUAAAUAACUUUGCUUAGGUAUGGUGUUUGUUUUCCUCUGACUCUGAUAUACAAUAUUAAUCUGCUGAGUGAAGAUUAAAAUCUCGGAAGUUUACUGAUGAAAAAUCCAAAUGUAAUGAAUCCCAGAUCGAUUAUUUUCACUCUUCCUAUUGUUUCAUAAUGUGUAAGCUAAAUUACUUCAGAUAUGCGAUUACUAGGAAGAUGUAGAUACAGAUACUUAAACCCUUGCUAAGGAAACAGGUGGGGGAAAAUGGUUCUUUAGUACAUCCUCCUGCUGUGUGAAACUCUUUGUCUUUGCUAUAAAUAGGGUGAUUUAAUUUGGGAAUUUGCUACUCCUUUUAAACACAGUUAAAACAGCUCUUGAAAAUGCGCUAAGCUGUACCCGCUGUGUUUGUAGCCUUCCAGUUGUAGCUUUUACAUUUGGCUUACUUUGAAUACGUGUGUUUUUAACGCAUACGGAUGGAAAGUAUGCUCACUUCUUCCCAUAAGUUUUAUCGCUGUGAUGAUAAUCUUAAAAAUAAAUGUGUGGUGUUCUUUCCCCUCACUCUCAGUCGUAUCACCUACCAGAAAACCCUAAUAAGCAACAAAAUAGUGUGAGACAGUAUUUACAUCACACUUUUGAAAC